UCUGCUUCUGGCAGAGAAAAUGUGGGGAAUGGGAAAUGCUUGAACAGAGAUUUGAACGGUAUUGAGGGGCUAGCAGGGCAGAGAUCAAACCCCGCAGUGGGAAGUCAUCUGUAUUUCUGCAAGCUGUUGUGUUGGGCAGGAGGCUCUGGGCACUGACAACAUGUUUGAGCUUGAGGAAGGGCAAAACCUGCAGGUCAGUGAAAUCCUGACCAAGUGUGUGGAAUUAGGGAUGCCACAAGGGAAGGAGAAAUGCAUGUUUUAGCAGGUGCCUGCAACCGCCUGACGAAAUCCUGGGGUUGAGGACAUGCAGCCAGACCUGGGACUGUGGGGAGCUGGCAGAGUCCCUGGGCAGAGACUGAAUAACCUGUGGCAGUGAAGGCUGGCAGCGCCCUGGUCCCGUGCAGGCACCGUGGGGUGACGCUGGCCCUGCCCCGGCGGGAGAGGAGAACCGCACGGUUCCUCUCAGGGGGGACGCACCAGGCUCCCCGCAGGCGCAGGGUCAGGUCUGGAGCAGCCCUUGCCAUUGAAGAGCUUUGAAAUGAAACAUGAGAAAUUAGAUUCAAUGGAGGGGAGGGCUGGAUUAUUUUUCUUUCUUUUUUUCUUUUAUAUCUCCCCUCCCUUGCCCCUUCCCCCAGCCUGGAAAACUGAACACUUUCAGGAGAGCCUGAGUUUUUAGGGUUGUUGAUUGUAGCCGUAUUGGUUUAAGGACAUAGGCAGGCACGGUUUCUUUGGGUAGAUGUGAUAUCUUUUAUUGUACCAACUAAAUAGGUGGGGAAAAGCUCUUUAGGCAGGUCUCAGCCCCAAAUAACAGUCCUGACAGCUCUGAAAAGCUCUUGGCUGACAGCAGACGCAGGGAGAAAUGCUGGGUGUGUUGAAUUGUUGUGAAGUGGCUUCCAACCCUUUUUCUGCUGUUUUCAUUGGAGUUGUGGCGAGCUGCUGCUCCACGAAGGGUUACCAGAUCCCCCCCGAUCCCAGCGCUGGAUCUUGACCCCGGCUCCUCCCAGCUCAGCAUCUGUGCCGUUAUUUCGCAGGAAGGAAACGGCCCAGGGUGAGCCCAGCCCUGAGCUCAGGAAAGUGAAAGUACCCCGUGCCCUCCCGUCUCACAGCCAUGGCCGCGGCGAGCGCUGUACAAAGCCUCCGGGACGAGGCGACCUGCUCCGUCUGCCUGGAGUUGUUCAGGGACCCGGUGAUGAUCGUGGGCUGCGGGCACAACUUCUGCCGAGCCUGCAUCGCCCAGUGCUGGGAGGGGGCCGAGACGGACGUCACCUGCCCCCAGUGCAGACAGACCUUUGCCCAGAGGCUCCUGGGCCCAAACAGGCAGCUGGCGAAUGUAGUCGAAGUGGUCAAGGGCCUGAGCGUGGGGUCAGCGGAGGGAGCCGGGGGCAAGAUGGUGUGCGAGCAGCACGGGGAGGCUCUGAAGCUCUUCUGCGAGACAGACCAGGUCCUGAUGUGCGUGAUCUGCCGGGAGUCCCGGGCGCACCGAGCUCACCCCGCAGCUCCCAUCCAGGAGGCUGCGCAGCAGUGCAAGCCCCUGCUUCUGUCUGGGCCCCAGGCGGCUGCCCAGUUCACCCACGCCUGUGUCUGGGGCUGCUUUGCAGCUGUUUCUCCUCUUCUCCAUCUGUCUUCUUCCCUUUCUGCAGCUGAAGAAAGUGGACACUACUUUGCUAGUGGCAGUGAAACAAGAGCUCUUUGGCACACCUAUGCGCUAUUAUACAUCUGUAACGUAUUGAGGACACUUCUACUUGACAAGGCCCAUACAAUCAGAGUCACGAGGGCACCUAAUUCACUUUCAUCUGAAUGUGGGUGUUAAACACCUCAUGUUAUGGACCUGGAUCCUAGUGGGCUUUUCAAGCAGGUCAGUACAAAAUUCAGGCAUUUUCAAAGCCAUCGGUCAACUCCCACCUCGUACCCUCCGUGCCUAA